GACGAUAUUGUUCUGUCCGCCCAAUUUUAUCUGCGAGCCACACUCCGAUCAUAUAUAGUGUUUUGCUGCACUGUUCAGCGAGAGACACUCCUCACCCAUACAGAUUUUCUGGUAAUUCCCGCCCGCUACCAAACAACAACAAGAACUACGACUUGACCUUCUUCCCCCUUCGUCCAGAGAAAACUGGGCUACAAUCACACUCCAGUACGACGUGCUGUACCGAUAUUUCUUUUCAUUGAUGUACACAAAGGAGACACAGUAGAGACAGUGAACCCCGUCACUCGUUACCCUGUACCAAUUUGAUAUUGCAUGCAGAUUUCUUUUUUUGAUUGGUUCAAAGUGUCACGGCAAUUUACGAAACACUCAUCCUCCACUCAAAGCGGCGGACCUCCCAAAGUUCAAACGAAGGUCUGAGCAGUGACCAAAGAUAUGGAUCAGGAAAUCAAAACAACCAGCCGUAGGUUAACUAAGUUAACUAAAAGGCCACCACCAUCCAGAGCUAUAGCUUCGUUCGAGGCAAGACAAAACGACAGCUCAUCUUUUUCCUUCCACACAUCUUUACGAAGUCAGCGUAGCUCUGGAAGCUUACAGCGAGCCCCAUCGGCACCUUCUUACCCCAGAUCUUACUACGCUCCAGGUCAUACCCGAAAACUUACCUCCCCAAAUCCCGCAUCCAGUAAUUCGUCUCUUGAGCAUCAAUAUUCGAACGCCUCUCCAGUGCUGGCCGGAUCAGAAUUUGUGCUUCAGCCCAUAGGCAUGGGAGGAGCAAAUGACAAUCGCCGUUCCAUUCCAUCGCGACCAAUAAGUGAGAAAAGUUCCGAAGACUUUAUCGGUGCUCCCUUUGAUAGUUCUGGUUUAUUUAGUCACAUCGAUUCAACAAAGUCUUCUAGUACCCCAAAUACUUUGCGGCGACCGCCACCACCGCAGUUAUCGCAUACGAGUCCGCCAUAUAUGGUAAGUCCACAGUUACGGCAAUCCGCAAGUUUUACCGCAGGCGAUAAGAUGAGCGAAAAAGCCCCUCCACGCGUGGGUGAAAACCAGCUCAUCAGUCCUAAAAGAUACUCGGAUGAGACUAAGGAGCCCAAAUCUGGAAUGCUAAGGAAAAAAUCGGGCUUCUCUGGUUUUAUGAGCAGCAUUGGUGUUGGCUCACCUAGAGGGGUCAAAAUUUCCGCACCUGAGAAUCCUGUCCAUGUUACUCAUGUUGGUUACGAUAACACAACUGGUCAGUUUACUGGGUUGCCGAAAGAAUGGCAGCGUAUGAUCAACGAAAGUGGAAUCACGAAAAAAGAGCAAGAGCAACAUCCGCAAACGAUUGUCGAUAUCGUCGGUUUUUAUAAAGAGAACACGGAUAAAGGUGGUGAAGAGAUAUUUGACAAGUUUGAUCAUGCGAAGGUACCAGAGAUGAAGAUGGCGCGCACUGCGCCGGCGCCAUUGCCAUUAUCCCCGACCUUCAAUAACUCGAAUUAUGGUUCAAUGACACCGAUGAUGAGUCCUCCAGCUAGUCCUCGAUUUCCCUCGAAUAACGAGUUGAAUUUCGAGAACCCAAGAUCCCCGCCUCCAAUUCCGCGCGGAACUCAAGGGGGAGGUUCUCAGUCCAAGCCUGAGCUCAACGGACUCGUUCCUAGCAGGCCAGCCCCUAGGCCCCCUAUGUCGAUGCAAGGGCCUAGUCGAAUUGCACCACCGCCACCUGCCGCAGGUAAAGAUUCUGGAAUUGGAAUGGCCCGUCAAAGUGAUGAUUUACCGGCAUUAGCAUACGUCCCUCCAACUAUACAGGACAACGGUCCUAUGCUUCCAGAAGAACACAGGUCUAGAUCAAGAUCAAAUUCAAAAGUGAACGGUACACCACCAUACGCAACUCCAGUAUCAGCAUCUCCACAGGUUUACCAACAACAGAUUUUGCACCAUCAAGAGCAGGCAAUGCAACAGGCUCAACAAGCAAUGAGCCGAUCGAUCAGCGUCAAGAAGCCCACCCAGCAAGCUACUCCGCCAACCCCUCAAGGUCAAUUCCCAGCGAAUGGUGUUCCACACCCAAGCCAACAAGCUAGACAAGUACCAGGUCCACGUCCCAGGCAACGAGCACGUCAAAGCACCGGUUUUGAUAUCGUUGCUAGGUUAAAGCAAAUUUGCACAGAGGGUGACCCUCGAGAAAUCUACAAGGAGCUCACUAAGAUUGGACAAGGUGCAUCUGGUGGUGUAUACACUGGUUAUGAAAGAGGGACAAAUCGAUUGGUAGCCAUCAAACAAAUGAAUCUCGAACAACAGCCAAAGAAAGAUUUGAUCAUCAACGAAAUUCUUGUCAUGAAAGACAGCUCUCAUCCGAACAUAGUCAAUUUUAUUGAUAGUUUCUUGGUUACUGGAGAACUCUGGGUAAUUAUGGAAUAUAUGGAGGGCGGAAGUUUGACGGAUGUGGUUACUUUCAAUAUCAUGUCAGAAGGUCAAAUUGCAGCAGUUUGUCGGGAGACUUUGAAGGGUUUACAACAUCUGCAUUCAAAAGGAGUUAUCCAUCGCGAUAUCAAGUCGGAUAACAUUCUGCUGUCUAUGGAUGGAAACAUUAAACUCACUGAUUUCGGUUUCUGUGCCCAAAUUAACGAAGCUCACAAUAAACGUACUACCAUGGUUGGUACACCAUACUGGAUGGCACCCGAAGUUGUCACACGCAAAGAAUAUGGACGCAAAGUUGAUAUCUGGUCUCUUGGUAUUAUGGCUAUUGAAAUGAUUGAAGGGGAGCCACCCUACCUCACUGAGUCACCCCUGAGAGCUUUGUAUUUGAUCGCGACAAAUGGCACUCCUGCUAUCAAAAAUGAACAGGAAUUGAGCCUUGUCUUCCGGGAUUUCCUUUACUUUGCUCUUAAGGUGGAUCCGGAAAAGCGAGCUAGUGCUCAUGAUUUGUUAAGGCACGAUUUCAUGAAACAAUGCACAGACCUCAUACAAUUAGCACCUUUAGUACGAUCUGCACGCAAUGCCCGAGCACAAGAAAAGGCUCAGAAGGCACUAUCAUGAUCUUCACAAAGAUGAAUCAUGAACGAAUAAUGAAAUCAAAACAUGAUGUUGGCGCCGCAAUCUUUGCAUGGAGCAAAGACAUUAUAUUUAUCCUCUUGGCGUUUUUGGUGAACGUGGCAAGGAAUGACCUUCUCUUCUGGUCGCAUAUGUUUGCUUCCUUUGAUGGAGCACAUGGAGCCAUUAUAUCACCUCUACUUUGGAAUACAUGUUCCUCUUUGAACUUGGGGAUUUUCAUAGAUUACUGCACACACCUGGAUAUAUGUUGUGCAGAGCAAAGCAAAGCAAGAAUUUCUGAAUCGUUGAGCGCUUUUUGACCGCAUCAUAUUGUUUGCAGCAAGCAAAAGUUAGUAUUUUUGCGAAUUACGAGCUUUGGCUAUUUUUGUUCUUCUAUAUUUGGAGCCAUAGCACAACCCCCUUUUUUCAAUUUACUCUUUUGUCUUUUCCCAGGUUAGGUGGAGAUGGAAAAACUUCUUUUACAUAUAUGAGAUGUAGGGCUCUCCGUGGAGGAGAUUGGGAGGAUUUGGUACCACCAUUGGAUUUGAUAAGGAUAUCAUGGAUCACAUUUAGAAGAGUUGGUGGGCGGUCGAUGAAUGGUUGGCGAAUAUAUGAUAUCCUGAUUGACUUCAAAUUUUUAUUUUUUCGCCUUUUACCCUUUAUGUUUGGAGGAUUGGAUGGGCAAUUAGAAGUUAAGAGUGAUGGAAUGGAAUAGGGCAUUUGUAUUAAUGGUGAAGCCUUGUUCGGUCGGCCUCGCGGACUUUUUUUCUCGAGUGUUGGUGUGGGUUUUUUGUUUCCUUUAGGGCGGGAUUUUGAGUGGGUGAUGUUGAAGGGUGGGGAUGAGCUUUAGCUUCUUGGGAGGAGAGAAAGGAUUAGAUUUUGAGUAAGUAGAGUUGAUAGGUAGUCCAAAACGAAGAGGGAUUUCACUUCAUUUCCGUCUGAUUUAUCGGCUGAUGUAUAGAUUGUGAAUAUGA